AUCAACUCUAAACACAUAAAGCCUCCAUGUUGCACAGGGACUGAAGGGCCAGCAGCAGAGAUAACACACACUGUUUGCUCCAAAGAGUUUAAAAGACAAGUUUACCCGGCAACAACGUGCGUUUUCUACAUGUUUCACACCCUCCGACGGGCUCUUUAGUGCGCUUUUUUUGCAGAAACGGCCUCACAUUUUUGAUAAUCGGAGCUUCGCAGCUAACUCGCUAACCUAAAGCUACUUGUUGUUUUUUUCUUAGCCAUACAUGCAUGUUGUCGGGUUAAAAAAAAGCCUAGUUUUAGCGAUGAUAUUUAUCGGAGAGCCAUAAAUGAGUGAGUGGCUCCGUCCAGCAGCACCGUGCGCUCCGGCUGCUCCCCCCGCCGCCCGGACUCUUCUCCCCGGACACACAGUCUCCUCCUCCCGGCUCUGUGGGCUUCUUAAACGGCCUAGCACACGGAGCAAGCGCGCUGUAACAUUGUGGGAAACAAAAGAGGAAUAACCAGCCGUCUAAAUGGACCACAUGUCCAUAAUAACCCAAGUUUCCAACCCGAAGGAGGAGGAGAUCAUUUCCUUUAACCAGGAGAAAGCGUCCCAGUCCAACAGCAGCCUGAAGAAGCAGAGGAGCCGGAGCAUCUUCAGCACAUUCUUCUGCUGCUUCAGGAACUAUAAUGUGGAGCCUCCAGCCGGCACCAACACCACCACCAGCUCCCAGCCUCCGCCUGUGGAGGAGAACGGCUCGCCUCCCAAGUGUGACCAGGUCGAGGUCAUCCCUGUCCCUACUCCACCAACUAAAUACCUCCUACCAGAGAUGAGAAUAUCUGACUACGGCAAGAAGUGUGUGGUGAUCGACCUGGACGAGACGCUGGUCCACAGCUCCUUCAAGCCAAUCAGCAACGCAGAUUUUAUUGUUCCAGUGGAGAUCGAUGGUACCGUUCAUCAGGUGUAUGUGCUGAAACGACCCCACGUGGACGAGUUCCUCCAGAAGAUGGGAGAGCUGUUUGAAUGUGUUCUCUUUACAGCCAGUCUGGCCAAGUAUGCAGACCCUGUGGCCGACCUGCUGGACCAGUGGGGCGUGUUUCGGGAGCGACUCUUUAGAGAAUCGUGUGUUUUUCACAGAGGAAACUACGUCAAAGACCUCAGCCGGCUGGGACGAGAGCUCAGCAACGUCAUCAUCGUCGACAAUUCACCCGCUUCUUAUAUUUUCCACCCAGAAAAUGCUGUCCCGGUCCAGUCCUGGUUUGACGACAUGAACGACACGGAGCUCCUGGACCUGCUGCCUUUCUUUGAGGGACUCAGCAAAGAAGACGAGGUUUACGGAGUCCUGCAGAACCUGAGGAGCAGGUAGCAGGCCGGGUCGCGAGGCCGUCUGUCUCUCCAGCCUCUGUCCGUCUGUCCGGCUCCGCCCCUUUUCUCCAGCCACACCUCUCAGGCUCAGGCAGAUCCUCUUGUCUCUGCCCCAAGGGGGACGCCUCGGAGUCUCACUGUGGAAACUUCACGUUAAACUCCCCGUCUGUCUCCGCUCUCGUCUCCUGGUGACCGGCUGCCUUCUGAGUGCCAUCAGAAAAAAAACAAACACUAAAUAUCUCCAGGAGCACUGUGUUUCACAAAAAAACCCACACCAGACAGAAAGUCUACAGAGCGUCCUAAAAAAAAGUAGAUAAUAUCGGGGACAAAAUGCUAAGAGAAACGAACUCUGGUCUUUAUUUUUCAAAAACCAACUAAAAGUUUUACUAUUAUUCGGUGAAGUGCUUAUUUUAAAAAAACCAAAAACAACAAAAAUUUUGUCUGGAAUUUUACUUUACAAAAAGUCUGAGAAGAUUUUGUCCUGGUAUUGUUGCUAUGCAGGCAGUUUCUGGUAGUAGAAAGGACUGUGAUUCUCUUUUCUUACUGAAUGAAGUGCCUUGUAUGAAUGUUGUUUCUAUGGGGAGGUAUUUUGUACAUGGAGUACUUCAGUCUUUUCACACACGAUAUAUGCUUUAACGUGGACACGAAGUAUCUUGAUAUAAAGACGUUUUGCAUUAUCAAACGCUGGGUAAAUGUCUCCACAGUACUCUCUUCUUUUCUUUUUUUCCCCCUCUGGUAUGCUUGUGCCAUUAUAUAGAUGUGACUUUGUUUCUUUCUGCUUUCUUUAUUAUAUGUAGAAUUAGUUUUUAGGCAAAGGAGUAUGUUUGCAAUUGUGAACUUUUACGCCCCGACCUGCAAGUUACAGUAGUUCUUUUGCGUUUGAUAGUUUGAUCUGAAAGCUCAGAUAAAAAUAGUGCCAUUUAUUUUCACUUUACCCCCCCUUUCUUUAUCUAAUUUUAUUAUUUGCCAAAUAAGAAAAUAUUUUUUUUAACAGGUUUCAUAUCUUUAACAGGGGUUCAGCUGUAACUGUUAAACCAUUAGUAAGUAGUAAGUAUAGCAUUAUAGGUUUUAUUCUGUUGACAAGUAGUUGUCAAAUACAUUUGUAUGUUUUUAACGUCCUUGUAUGUCAUUUUGUGUUUAGCAUGUGGCUAGCUGUUAGCCCACUUUAUUUCUUUUUUUUUCUUUUUUGGGCACACGUGAGUGGUGCAGCUUUCUCCAUAAUUGUACACAGUUGCAAAGGUUUUCCCUUUUGUUGUUUCAAAUGGUCUGGGAUGUGACAGUACAUGGGGUCGAGUGCCAUGUUUUUAUUUUUUCAUGAAGUUCGUGUCUUUAGGUUAAUAUAGGAUAGUGUCGGAUCGAGUAGGGUUGGCGGUUAAAAUCCCAGCUGGUCUCCACGUGUGGCGUUUUACCUUCCCGGACUCUUUUUAACUGCUCUUCACCUCAGUGCCUACGUUUGAGAGGAGCCACGCAAACCGAAUGCUGCAACAUUAGCUACCACGGCAAUAAACUUUUUUUUUUUCUUUCUCUUGGGAGGGUCGUUUCCAUCCCGAGUCUUUGGUUUGGGUGUCAGGAGCACUUGACGAGGCUUGCUGGUAGAUGUUUUUGGUUGAUCUGUUUAUCACAAUCACCUUUUUUAUUUUUCACAUUAUUUGAUCCUUUAAAAAAAAAAACUGGACACAUAAUUAACCCUUUGAUGCACAACAUGGUCUAAAGUGACCCAAUAGUUUUUAUGUUCUAUAUCUUUGCAGUAAGUUAUUUUCAUCAUUCAGUAUUCUAGGUUUUCCUCAAUUAGUUUGUUUUUGAUCAUCAUACAUCCUAAUUUUUUUUUUUUUUUACAUUUUUUGUGUCAAAAUGACCCAUAUCCACUUUUUAGCUAAAUAAAUUGCUAAGCUAACUACUUAUCUAACUUCUUGGCUAAGUAUUUAGCUAAGUAGCUUCCUUAGCUAACUACUUAGCUAACUUCUUGGCUAAAUAUGUAGCUAAGUAGCUUCCUAAGCUAACUACUUAGCUAACUUCUUGGCUUAAUAUGUAGCUUGCUAAGCUAAUUACUUGACUAACUUUUUGGCUAUGUAUUUACCUAAGUAGCUUCCUAACCUAACUACUUAGCUAACUUCUUGGCUAAAUAUGUAGCUAAGUAGCUUGCUAAGCUAACUUCUUGGCUAAAUAUGUAGCUAAGUAGCUUGCUAAGCUAACUACUUGACUAACUUCUUGGC